AUGCUGAACUCUGCAAAUGAACUGGAAUUUUCCGAAGAAGAAAUUAAAAAUGAAAUAUCAAAAAUCACUUCCCUGGAACAGACGGAGGAUUUGGGAACCAAAGAAAAGAGUGCAAUAAGUUUAAAUGAAAAAAGUGGCUAUCAGGAUACUGUUUAUAUAAAGGCAGCUAAUAUUUUUCAGGGAAUUAAAAUUGAAAAGGCACCCGACAAAGUUUUGGUAAGGUAUGGCAGUGAGCCAGUGCUAUCCUUACCGGAUUUUGAAGAUGAGCAAUCCCAGCGUUUAUCCUAUGAACUAGCUUUCAGUGCCCUGAAAUAUCAAGAUAUUUUGGAAAGUAUACUAAUAGACAGCUGUUUCUACCCAAAUGUAUCAAUACCAGAUGCUUUGACCAGUCUUGUUGUUGUGAUGCUGUAUGACUUCCAAGACAGAAAAUUUCAAAGUCGACUAAUUUCUAAUGAACAAUCAAUUUCAGAAGUUCAAGAAGUAGAGAAUCUUCUUAACAGUUUUAAAACAAAAUUGGCUGCAGCUCUGGCAAGAUGUCGAAUUAAACAUGAUGCUCUUUCAAUUUACCACAUUCUACCAGAAACUGUUAGAAAACAGGAACAAAGAGCUUCUACUUUGCCACUUUAUGCUUGGAUAAAUACUUGCAAAAUCAGCCCUGAAGAUAUUUGUGAAGAUUUGAUGAAAGAAGGAUUUAUUAGAGUCAAAUCCGCAUUUGACCUUGACUGUAAAUCCUUUUGUAUGGACCAACAUUGCAGUGAUGUCUUAAUUUUCCCAUCUCAUCUUAAAAAUGAACUUCUUAAUAUAGAACUUUGCACAGAGUAUAAACUUUUAUUUCAGGACAAAUCUCGAAGCCUUGCUGUCCAUUCUGUAAAGACCUUGCUGAAUAUGGAUGAUGACAUCUUACUGGUUAACAUGGGUUCCUGGUACACUGUUGCUCAUAUGUCAACACUAACGAAUCAAAGUACCUCAAAAAUAUAUGUGUGCGGAAUAAAAUCACAAGCUAAGGAAUCUGAAAUGAAGGAGCUUUUUACAAAUAUGGGAUGUAAAAAUAUUGAGCUGCUUCAUGAAAAUUUUAUUGACAUUGAAACAAAAGAUCAAAGGUUACAAAAAGUUAAAGUUAUUCUUCUACUACCUCGUUGCUCAGGACUGGGUGUUAGCAAUCCAAUAGAAUUCAUUUUAAAUGAGAAUGAAGAUGCAGACUUGCUUAAAGAUCAUUCUCAAGGUUCUAUUCCAGAAGAUAAACUUCAUAUUCUUGUUGAACAGCAAUAUGAACAGCUAAAACAUGCAAUGAAGUUUACCAAAGCUCAAGCAAUUGUUUACUGCACAUGUUCAGUUUAUCCAGAAGAAAAUGAAGCUGUUGUUAAAAAAGCCCUGGAACUUGGAGUUGAAGGGAAUAAUAAAGUACAGCCUUAUAGGCUCAGUCCUCCUGUACUUCCACUAUGUUCUGUAAAAGAAAUCCAAUCAUCUACUGAUAAAUUUUUCAAAGUAGAACCAUCUGAAAUUACCAAUGGUUGUUUCCUUGCUGUCCUAACAAGAGAGCGGGACCCAUCGGAGACAGUGUCUGUCAAAGACGUUUUGGCACGUGCUGCAGCAAAAGGAUUGCUAGAUGGUAUUGAGCUAGCCAAAACCUCAAAAAGGGAGAAGAAGAAAAAGAAAUCCAAAACAACACUGACAAAAGCUUCUGUUAAUGAGAACAUGAGUACACAAAUAAAAAUUGCAGAGUUUCUGAACCGAGAAUUGAGACCCCAAGUUAAUCGUUCAGGGGAGACAUUAACGACCAAAGCGUAUGUUCCGCCGAAAAAUGCAAAUCAAACAAAUACUACACCUCCUGUACAGAAAAAAACUGUCAAGAUGCCCUCCUACGCUUUGGUGCCAACUACACUAAUGAAGAACAUGCCUUCCACGUCCAAGAUGUCCGAGAGACAGAUGAGCACGGUGAGGCCACGGCCCGAGGAAAAAAUGGUGGCGCUGAAACCUGUAGAGAUUGUUUUGCCUCCAGUGAUGAUGCCAUACGCUGGUGCCCAAAUCAGCAAAAACCAGAUUCCGGCACAUUUCUAUUACCGUUGGAUUGGAGGCAAGACCGGCAGCUUCGUUACACCUGCAACAGCCAAAAAAUUAGAAAAACCUAAAGAAAAUUUACCUUCCUCCGCAGUGAGGCAUUCUCAACCAUGGCUUUGA